AUGGAGCCCGAACCGAAGGAUAUUGAAAACGCCAAAGCCGUCGAUGCCGCCGUCAAGACCCAGACAGAAGAUGACGACCUGAAAAAUCCGGAGCAUGAGCAGAGAAACGUUGGAACACUAAAUCGCAAGCUGAAAGCACGACAUGUCCAGUUUCUCGCUCUGUCAGGAGCUAUCGGAACUGGUCUGUUCGUUGGGAGUGGCCAAGCGUUGAGCCUAGCUGGUCCGCUCUCAGCCUUCCUGGCCUACCUCAUUACAGGGUUCAACCUGUACGCGGUUAUCAACAGCUUAGGAGAAAUGGCUGCAUACCUGCCUCUUCCAGGCGCAGUGCCAGUGUUUGCGGCAAGAUUCGUUGAUCCAGCAUUGGGCUUCACUCUUGGUUGGAAUUACUGGUAUCAACUUGCAAUUGGUGUACCUAUUGAAAUUUCGGCGGCUGCUGUCGUUAUAGGAUACUGGCCUAACUCUGUUUCGAAUGCGGUCUGGAUAACUGUCCUGUUCAUACCUAUGGUGAUUGUCAACUGCUUUCCGGUGCGAAUCUAUGGCGAGGCAGAGUUUGUCUUUGGUGCUAUCAAACUGACUACCAUCGUCGGUCUUAUCUUGCUCAUGUUCAUUAUCACGCUUGGUGGUGCACCAAACCAUGACAGAAUCGGCUUCCGAUAUUGGGAUCACCCGGGUCCGAUGCUGGAGUAUCUCGAGACUGGUGCGUUAGGACGCUUUCUCGCCUUCUGGAAGAUAUUCAUAUCAGCGACCUUCAGCUAUGGAGGAAGUGAAAUGGUCGUUAUCGCAGCCGGUGAGACGGAGAAUCCUCGCAGGAACAUCCCCAAGGCUGUUCGAAGGGUGUUUUGGAGAAUUGCUAUCUUCUAUGUGCUUUCGAUCUUCCUUAUCGGCAUGUGCGUUUCAGCAAAAGACCCACGACUGUUGAACGCAAUCAGCAAUUCGGCCCCCGGCGCAGCGGCAAGUCCAUUUGUGAUCGCUAUAGUUAACGGUGGGAUCCCAGCUCUGCCGUCGAUUAUCAACGCCGUCAUCCUCUCCUCUGCUUGGUCAGCAGGAAACUCGUUCUUCUACGCGUCAACACGCAUUCUAUACGCGACAGCACUGGAUCAUCGAGCACCGGCAUUUUUGAAAUUCGAACGCUUUGGGGUUCCCUAUGCUUGUGUGGCUGCAACCUCUCUGCUUAGUCUGCUGGUCUAUCUCAACGUCAGCUCGCGGUCCGCCGAUGUCUUCUUCUGGAUUUCGAAUCUCUCCGCGGUCAGCACCCUGAUUGUUUGGGCCAGUAUCUGCAUCACCUAUCUUCGGUUUCAUUAUGCUCUCAAACAUAAUGGAAUAGCAAGGUCGAGCUUGCCAUACAAGUCUCCACUGCAACCAUUCUUGGCCUACUUUGCAAUCUGCUUCUGCAUUACCGUAGCCAUCUUCAACGGCUUCGACUGCUUCUUUCCCGGCCGGUUCAGCGCGAAGAGCUUUAUCCCGCCUUAUAUUGACAUACCCAUUUUCGCCUCGCUGUUCUUGGGGUACAAGAUCGUCAAGCGGACAAGAUUCGUCCGUCUGAAAGACAUGGAUUUGUGGAGUGGCAAGGCUGAGAUCGAUCGCAUGGAAGGAACGUGGCCGGAGACAAAGCCAAGGAACUUCAUCGAGCGGAUCUGGUUCUGGAUUGCCUGA